AUGCUCUUGUUUUUCCUGCUGAGUAUGCUGAUGGCCCCUCACAGUGGGGGCCACCCUCUGGACACCCCACACCUUCCACGGGAGCUGCCUCCAGGACUCUCAAAAACUAUCAAUCUCACCUCCUUCCAUGGGGUGUUUAAAAAUGUGGAAAGCGUGGCCGACAUUUUUGACUGCCUGGGCGCCCACUUCACCUGGCUGCAGGCCGUCUUCACCGACUUCCCUUCGCUCCUCCACUUCAUGAAUGGCCUGAGGUGUGUGGCGGGUCUCUGCCCCCGGGACUUCGAGGACUACGGCUGUGGCUGCAGGUUUGAGAUGGAAGGGUCACCGGUGGACGAGUCUGACAGCUGCUGCUUCCAGCAUCGCAGGUGCUACGAGGAAGCUGCGGAGAUGGACUGUCUCCAGGACCCUGCCAAGCUCGGCACAGAUAUUGACUGUGUCAGCAAGAGGAUCACGUGCGAGUCCAGGGACCCUUGCGAGCACCUGCUGUGUACCUGCGACAAGGUUGCCAUAGAGUGCUUGGCUCAGUCCAGCAUCAACUCUUCCCUGAACCUUCUGGAUGCUUCCUUCUGUCUGGCUCAGCCUCCAGAGACGCCCAGCGCCCGAGAGCUGACGACGCUUCUGCCCCAAGCAGUUCCUGUGGACCCUGCAGACACCAGUUCAACGGCCCUUUCAGGAGAAGAUGCAGGCCAAGACCAGCAAGGCACGGAAGCCACUCGGACAACACCCCCUCCGGGAUCUGCAGAGAUGGGCGCCUCGGGACAAAGUGUAACCAUCGUUCCCGCUGGCUUGAAGUCUCUGGGCUUCACUGUGUCAUCCGUCAAAAGUCGCCCAGGGGAGAUAAGUGGCAAAGCCUGUGACAGGUUCACCUUCCUGCACCUGGGAGGGAGGGGCAUCACGCGGGUGACGCCUCAGCUCGGAGAGAUGCUCUUUUGUCUCACGUCCCGAUGCCCGGAGGAAUUUGAAUCUUACGGCUGCUACUGUGGGCAGGAAGGACGAGGCGAGCCGAGGGACGCCCUGGACAGGUGCUGUUUUUCCCACCACUGCUGCCUGGAGCAGGUGAGAAGGCUGGGCUGCCUGUUUGAGAGGCUUCCUCCAUCACCAGUGGAGUGUGUGGACGGCGCAGCCAAGUGUGUGGGGCAGAGCCUGUGCGCGAAGCUGCUUUGUGCCUGUGACCAGACGGCGGCCGAGUGCAUGGCCUCUGCCUUCUUUAACCAAAGCCUCAAGUCCUUGGGCGAACGAGGGUGCCCGGGCCACAGGCCGUCCUGUGAGGACAGCUCGCACGGAGGGCCUGCGGCUUCCUCCCUCGGCUCCAGCUCUGAGGAGAACAGUGAGGAGGCCGCGCCCCACAUGGAAAGCCUGAGAAGAACCAGAAGGUUUCUGGGGAAGCCACUGGGUGGUGUGGGGACCAGGCCAAAACACGGCCCCAGGCAGAUCCCCAGAGGAAGCGAGGAGCACACCCUGUAGCUUCCUCCCUUACCGCCUCCUCCUCUGUCCUCAGCACA